AUGCGAGCUGGUGACGAGAUUGUGGCGGUAAAUGGUAUUUCUGUAAAAGGAGAGCGGAAGUCAGCCGUCGCUCAACUGAUCCAAUGCAGUACAAAUCCUGUCAAGAUGACGAUUAAUAAGCUGGAAACGGACCCAUCAAAAGGGAAGACGCUCGACAUUGUGAUGAAGAAAAUCAAACACAAGAUUGUCGAAUUCAUGGACACGGAUUCGGCAGAUGCGUUAGGUCUAUCGAGAGCGAUUCUUUGCAAUGAUCCACUUCUGAAGAAAAUGAAGGUUCUCGAAGACAAUACAAUGCUCUACCGAAAUCUCAUAGCUUACUUCAGUGAUCUUUUCUAUUUCCAGGAGAAAAUAAGCCAGUACCAAAAAGGCGCUAUCGUAAGACAUGAGAGGGCAACGCAAUAUUGA